AAGACAUAUAAUGAAUGUUUCGAAUGUGCACGACAACGAACAGCAGUAGCAUGGUUAUACUCAGUUAAACGCUAAAGAGAGUAUGGAUUAUCUUGAAUGGAUUAAUUUUGAUCAAUUCGACUUGAUCGAAAAUAUUAAUAAACGAGGCGCUUUCAGCUCGAUUUAUUCAGCAGUAUGGAUGGAAGGCCCAAAAUGGAAUCUUGACGAGGAGGCCGAAUUAUGGACUCGUACUGGUCCAAUUAAGGUGAUUCUAAAACGAUUAGAUAAUUCUCAGAACAUGGACCAUGAAUUUAUUAAUCAGUUAUAUAGAUAUCAUAAAUGCUUGCAAAGUGGAGCACUUGCAGAUUGUUUUGGUAUAACUAAAGACCCAACAUCAUGCUACAUGUUCGUUAUGAGAUAUUAUAAAAAUGGAAAUUUAUACUCGUACCUCGAAGAAACUAUGGGGAUUCUUUGCUGGAGAGAUAUUGUAGACAUGUUAUGGUCAAUAUCCGCAGGUCUAGAUUUGAUUCACAAACAUGACCUCGUUCAUGGACAUCUACAUGGAGGAAAUAUAUUGGUCGAAAGUGAUGUGAACUCUAUUGACACUAAAAUUACGGAUACUGGAUUACACGGACCAGUUGAUAAACAAAUACCAUUCAAACAAAUUUACGGUGUAGUUCCCUUUGUUGCUCCAGAGAUCUUUGAUGGAAAGACGCCAACUAAAGAAUCUGAUGUAUAUAGUUUUGGUAUGGUCAUGUGGAUGUUAUCAGCUGGUGUGCGUCCUUAUUGUGAUAGACCUCAUGAUAAACAACUAAUUCAAGAAAUCUGCUUAGGAUUAAGACCAAGCGUCGUAGAUGGAACUCCAUCUGUUUUCUCCAAUUUAAUGUUACAAUGUUUAGAUGCGAAUCCAUCAAAUAGACCAACAGCAUCUCAACUUUACGAAUGCUUAGGAAAUUGGAUCACUGCAAUUUGUGAUGACCCUAACCCAUCCGAUUUAUCAGAACAAUUUGACGCUGCUGAAGAAAUUAAAUUCUCAAAUUUAGAAAAUUCUAAUUUCAACACUUUUGCGAUUCACGAAAAAGCUUUUUAUUUCAGUCAUCCAUUAUUAGAUGCUUAGAGUUUAUCAUAGAUUUCAAUCAGAAAUUUAAUUCCUUUUAUCGGUAUUAUUUAUUCGUUUUUUUCGAUAUCACAAACACCACAAACUAAGUAAUGUUUCACAAAUUAACUACUAUUUCGUUUAAAAGCAAAUAUUAUACGUCCCUAUAUAUUUCGUUUAAGAUAAGCAAAUAUUUAUACAC